AUGAAUCCUAUCCCUCAAAAAGAAAUAGUACACAUACCCAAAUUCAAAGUGGUUGGUCUAAGAAGGAGAAUCUACUUGGCAAAAGAGACUGAUCAAUAGAACAACACUUUUAGCCAAACUUAUAAGGAGUUUUUUUCUAACAAACUGAAUGAAAAGAUCCAACAUAGAGCCCAUCCUGGAAGAACCUAUUGUCUUUACUAUGAUUUCAAAGAUUUCUAGGAUAGAUCUCAAUUCAACUAUUACAUACUAGUAGGUGAAGUGGUGACAGACGUUGGAGUUGUUCCUGAAGGCAUGGAAGUCUAUGAAGUGGAAGACUCCAGUUAUGCCAAGUUUGAAGGAGGACCAGGACCCAUACCUGAGAUUGUUAAACAAACUUGGAGUGCUCUGCAUUAGAUAAAGCCAGAAGAAUGGGGAGGCAAGAGAACCUACAAGACAGAGUUCGAAGUCUAUAGAGAAGGACAGGAAGAUAUCAAGAACAUGAGAUUUGAAUUGUACAUUGGUUUGGUGAUUGAAUGA